UCCGCCAACAGCUCCGCUCUCUCUCGCUGGAACCGCGGGCAGUAGAACACGUCAUGUUCCGCUGACUCCGCGACCCCCGCGCACCAGGUACAGUCACGGGAUCCUGCGAACUCCUUUCCGUGCAGGUACACUCGGAAGAAGCCGUGGCUCGAGAGCACCUGGAACAGGUGGAAGUGAACACGUCCAUUCUUCCUGCUGAUGCAGCGCGUGACUUCCGGGAUGACUCGGCGGACCAACCGCUGAUACCGGCUGGCAUCUGGCCUCAGACCUUCGGCCGUCCACUGCCCCUGCCAAUGGCAGAAGGUGCGCAAGGGCAUCGCAUCCAGAGGAGGAUCUUCCGUUGACUGCCCAAUCGAUGGCCAACUUCGCCCGAUGCAGCGUUCGUCCUUUUGCAGCAUCAGUACGAUGGACGGCAUGCUGGCGAGAACCGUGGCCACACUGCAGGAAACACUGCGCUGCCGACGGUUGCUUUGGACCUCGGGGCCCAAAGGCUCAGCUGAUUACAGCGGCCAGCAUGUGUUAGUGCGAGGGCCGGCUUGUUGUUAAACAAAGCAACUGUGUGUGGAAAGCAAAACAUCUGACACAACGGCCCCAAGGGCUUUGGCAUACACAGCAGUUGGUUUGUUAACUUACGACACAACGCUACGCAGUGAGCGUUUUAUCGCAGCUCGGCCACACUUAGAUGGAACUCCCUGCCGAAGGACCCACGUCCUACUGUCGUUUCUGCUUGGGCAAAGACGAUCUUCGGGGCCUUUUUGGGGACGACAAAACGGCCAACAGUAGAUCCGCCGUCGACGUGGACGCGCUGGUGGAAAAGAUUUACGAAUGCACUAACAUCAAGCUCUGUCCCUCCGCGGACGAUCCUUGUGCCAUCUGUCGCCAGUGCUUGCAGGCGGUGGAAGAGUUUUACCAUUUCCGAACCCGCAGCAAGCAGGUAAAUGAUCUCAUCAAAGUAACAGCCGUGGUAACCGCUAGCAACGAGACUAAAAGCACGGCAAAACGCCAAUCACAGGCUGCACUCGGUAUGCGGCGGUCAACCGUGCCCAACGAGAAGAUGUCGAAGGUAAACACGAAGCUCCUUCACCGUUGCCGAUACUGUCCAAAGUCCUUUCGCGGACAGGACGCCCUUACGGAGCACUGCAAGCGGGCGCAUGUUGCCAAUCGGCAGCACCACUGUCCCAACUGUAUGGCGCAGUUUCAGCAUGCGCCCUCGUUGGCGCGACACGUGCGCAAUCGAAGCUGUUACGGAUUUAACAAGUAUCGGUGCCGGGUGUGUAGCGAAAGCUUUACCGAUCGGCUCAGCUGGGCCGAGCAUAUACAGGUGCACGCGAAGGACUUUCCGCACCAAUGCCCCGACUGUUGGUCACAGUUUAAGCACAAAGCCACUUUGCGCCGUCAUGCCAACACUGUUCAUCUGUUGGUGAAAUCCUGACCGGUGCCACUACUAGUACCUUUGAACCAAAAACCCUUAACUUCGAUUGCGUGGCUAAUUUAUUAAGAAAAGAAUUUAGAAAGAGUUGACACAAUAGUUAAAACUGAGCGAAGAAGCGAUCGAAUAAAGAAAUAAAGCAGUCGAAUAAA